GCCAUAGUCCUACGUCAUUCACUGUUGUCAUAUUUUUUGCAAUGAAAUUCCUAUUUUAUCAAAUUGAGAUUAAUUAAGCGAUCUAAACAUAAUAGAUAGUGUGCAAAAUAACAAAGUAAACAAUGGACAACUGAAAGUCUUCGAGUUAAGUCACCACCGGCUUUAUCAACAGACUCGAAAAGGAUUCGAAUAAUAACUUAAUUAGAUUGUAAAACAGAGAAAAGACUUCAACAGGACAACGUACAGAAGUUUAGUUACAGUCACAAUGGACAUACCCAUACAUCCCCUAACACACAAUCCCACCAUGGCAUGGAAAGAAAUUUCCAAAACACAACGCGUUAUUAAGGUUACCAUGAAGCCGCCUUCCACAGGCGUGGCUUUUAAUAAGGCUCGCGUAGUCUGCAUGUCGGACACACAUUCACUGACUCACUACAUGAAAUUUGACAUACCAGAUGGUGAUAUUUUCAUACAUGCAGGAGAUUUCACAAAGUGUGGACGCAUGGUAGAAGUUGUGGAAUUCAAUCAAUGGAUUGGAACACUACCGCACAAGCAUAAAAUUGUAAUUGCAGGCAAUCAUGAGCUCAGUUUUGAUGAGACAUUUACUCAUCCAUUUCAAAAUAAAUCCAGUGCAGAAAGAACCAAACACACGGGUUUGUCCAUACUCGAUGACUUGCCCACGUUGGGUAAUACCAAAGAGAACAUCGCAGACGCUGUUCAAACUCUAAACAUUCGUGAUGUACUUACAAAUUGUACCUACAUUGAAGAUGAAUUAGUCGAAAUAUGGGGUAUACGCAUUUAUGGUAGUCCUUGGCAGCCAAAAUUCUGCAAUUGGGCAUUUAAUGUGCCUCGCGGUCUCCCCUGCCUGGAGAAAUGGAAUAAAAUUCCCGAAGACAUUGAUAUUCUAGUAACACACACACCGCCUGUAGGUCAUGGAGAUCUAUGCUGCUCAGGUGUUCGUGCCGGUUGUGUGGAACUCUUGACAACGAUACAGAAAAGAGUCAGGCCAAAAUAUCAUGUCUUUGGGCAUAUACAUGAAGGCUACGGCAUUACCUCAGAUGGAAGGGUGAUUUAUGUGAAUGCCUCAACUUGCGAUAUUAACUAUUUGCCCAAUAAUCCUCCAAUUGUAUUCGAUGUCACAUUGCCACCCGGUGUGCGUAAGGAUGAAUAGAGACAAAGCGCAAGAAGACAACAUAAACUUGAUGUAGUCGAGAGAAUUUCUUUUUUCUUAGGUGAACCAAAAAGCUUUUUGUUUUCUAGUUCAAUUUUAUUUUUACCUCUAAACAACCGGUGCAUUACAAAAAUUAUAAAUAUUUUGUAUUGAUAUAAUUCCCCCAAGCCUUAUGUUUGUGCUCGUAUCUUUAGCUUUGGUAUUGUAUAUAAAAUUAUUUUAACACUUUUAUAUAAUUAUUG